GCGCGCUACCUGUCGGUGAAUCAGUAAAAGAAAAAAAAAAGUUUCAGAAGUAAUGUGGUUUUAAUUUCUUUUUUCAAUUUUAUUCCAAUAACAGUAUUUAAAUAGUUAAUUUUCCGGAUUAAUAAAUUAUUUAAGAUGCCUACGAUAGCCGUAAAAAGAGAUCUCCUCUUUCGAUAUUUAGAAAAAACCUACACCGAUGAAGAGUUUCAGAAAGUAUGCUUUGAAUUCGGCCUGGAAUUAGACGAUAUCACCACCGAGAGACAAAUGAUCGCCAGAGAACAAGGCGACGAAUCGAGAUCAGUCGAGGGGGCCUCGGAAGAGAUAAUUUAUAGAAUAGAUAUACCAGCAAACAGGUACGAUCUACUUUGCAUAGAAGGACUGGUAUUAGGCAUUAAAAUCUUCCAGGGAAGUUUGAAUGCUCCAGUUUUUCGGACAGUGAGUUCCGGAAUAAACGUUCCCUUAAAAAUAAAUGUCGAUCCUUCUGUGGCUAAUGUUAGACCUUAUAUAGUUGGUGCUAUUCUUAGGAACAUUACUUUCACGUGCGAUUCUUAUAUGAGCUUUAUCGAUUUACAAGAUAAGUUGCAUCAAAAUAUCUGUCGAAAAAGGAGUUUGGUAGCCAUAGGAACUCAUGAUUACGAUACUAUUCAAGGGCCAUUUACUUACGAGGCUAAGGCACCACAAGAUAUUAAAUUUGUUCCUUUAAAUGAGGCUCAGGAAUAUACAGCUGAAGGAUUAAUGACCUUAUAUGCAAAUCACGCACAAUUAAAGCAGUAUUUACCAAUAAUUAAGGAUCAAGCUUUAUAUCCUGUGAUCACAGACUUCAAUGGAGUAGUAUUGUCGUUACCUCCUAUAAUUAACUCUGAUAAUUCAAAAAUAACUUUAAAUACUAAAAAUGUUUUUAUAGAAUGUACUGCUACAGAUUUAACAAAGGCAAAAAUUGUACUGGAUACUAUAGUAUGUAUGUUCAGUGGAUAUUGCUCAGACAAAUAUUCAGCUGAAAAUGUAGAGGUUUGUUAUCCAGACCAAAGAGCUUUACUAUAUCCGGAAUUGGCGUACAGAAAAAAGAAAGUAUCUGCGAAAAGAGCAAACGGAGUUGUUGGCAUAAAAGAAUCUGAAGAGAAUAUCAUUGCAUUACUGUCAAAAAUGUCUUUAACAUGUGAAACUAAAGAAGGAGCUAUUGAGGUUACAAUACCACCAACGAGACAUGAUAUUUUACAUGUUUGUGAUAUUUAUGAAGAUGUAGCAAUUUCUUAUGGAUACAACAAGAUUAAGAAAACUUUACCAAAAACUAACACCAUUGGGGAACAGUUACCUAUCAAUAAGCUAUCCGAUCUUCUAAGAUAUUCUAUAGCAGAAGCUGGAUUUACAGAAGCACUCACCUUCACACUGUGCUCUAAAAGUGACAUAUCGACAAAGUUGGGCGUGAAAACGAUAAACGACGUUCCAGCCGUUCACAUUUCUUUACCGAAAACUCUGGAAUUUGAAGUGUGUCGCACCACAUUGUUGCCAGGUAUCUUAAAAACGGUUUCGGCCAAUAGGAAAAUGCCGCUACCAAUUAAACUGUUUGAAAUAUCAGAUGUCGUCAUUAAGGAAGCUCGUACAGUACCCAGGAUACGCAUGGACGAAAAAACUGUCUCGCACAAGCCGUGGUUCACGGCGGAGCUUAACGAAUUGUACCAAUUGAAAGAGAAGGCCCUGCAAAAAUACGCCGCCAGUUUUAAAACAUCGGAUGAUCGUUGCGAAUACCACAAAGCUGUGAAGGCUUUUCACACCGGCAAACAAGCCGCAAAGAAAUCGUAUCAGGAACUUUUGAGAUCAUAUGAAUAUCGUAAGGUGGGAGCUCGGAACGAGAGAAGAAUUUGUGCAGUAAAUUGCAACAAGAGUUCGGGAUUCCAGAUCGUGCAUGGUCUUCUUGAUAGAAUCAUGCUUCUUCUAGAGGUGCCAUGGUCUCAAGACAGAACCGACACUGGUUAUUACAUAAAGGCAGCCGAAGAUCCAGCGUAUCUGACUGGGAUGUGUGCUGAUAUUAUUUAUAAUGGCGCUCGCAUAGGCAAGAUUGGAGUAAUACAUCCGACAGUUUUGGAGAAAUUUGAAGUCACUAAUCCAUGCGCCGCUCUAGAAUUCAAUCUUGAACCGUUCCUUUAAGAAGGAACUUUUUUAAGUUUAUAUUGAGGCGAAUUGCGAUUACAAAAUUCUAAAUUUUGAAACUAAUCUAAUUGAAAAAGUUUUAUGAUCAAGCGUGACUUUAAUAUGAUUGUUUGAUUGAUUGCAUAACGUGGUAAACGUCAGAUGCACUGGCACAUAACCUAACCACCGUAUAAUCGAAAAAAAAACGGCGUCAGCGAUGGCUAUGAAAUGAAGAUCGCUGUGUCAUUUUAUAUGUAAAUUUAUAUGGGAAAUGUCAUCGAUGUUCAUUUCAUAGCCAUCGCUGAUGCCGUUUUUAUUCGAUCGUGUGGUAUAAACUAUAUUAUUUUUAACUUAUGAAUUUAUUUUUACAUGCAUUGGUGUUAUUUGACAUGCUUUAAGCUGAAAAAUCAAUUGGAUAUUUUUCGCAAUUUGAUUAUUAUAUGAACUUAUGACCUAGGAUGGGCAAGAAUAAAAAUAAUUUAUUUAACUUUUUGAAAUUUAUAUUUUAUGUUGCUUUUAUAUAAUAAAAUUAUUUAUA